CCUGCUCGCCCUCCUGUUCCCUCCUCCUCCUCUUUCCUCCUCGUCCUCCCUCCUCCGUCCUCCUCGUCCUCCGCCCGGCGGAGCCUGGAAGCGCUCAGCGGAUCGGAUCGGAGCGGAGCAGAGCGCCUUGAACAAGGUCCACGGGUUCCAGCGCUUGGAGGAAGAACCGGGAAUCCACCUCCAAACGGUUAAUCUGCCUUUGGAAACAUUUCGGUUAAAGACAGUAACAACAAGCAUUUAAGAUAGUGCACAAUGUCAGCAGGGGAACAGCCACAGGAAGAAUUGCCCCAGCCAAAUCCUUCCCCGUCAACAAAUUCAUCCAGCUCCUUUGAGCUAAUCGACAUGGAUGCCGUCAACCUCUACGAGCCAGUUUCUCCUCACUGGUUUUACUGUAAAAUAAUAGAUUCCAGGGAGAUAUGGAUUCCAUUUAACAGCGAGGAUUCACGGCAACUGGAAGAGGCCUACAGUUGCGGAAAAAACUGUAAUGGCAGAGUUGUUCCCACUGACGGAGGCAGGUAUGAUGUGCAUUUGGGAGAGAGGAUUCGGUACGCCGUUUACUGGGAUGAGCUACCCUCUGAAGUGAGACGAUGUACUUGGUUUUUCAAAGGAGACAAGGAUAAUAAAUUUGUGCCCUAUUCAGAGGAUUUCAGCCAAGUGUUAGAGGAAACAUACAUGCUUGCCGUAACUCUGGAUGAAUGGAAAAAGAAACUUGAAUCUCCGAACAGAGAAAUCAUUAUAUUACACAAUCCAAAGCUGAUGGUUCAUUACCACCCAGUGCCCGGGGCUGAUGAAUGGGGCUCAACCCCUACUGAACAGGGUCGGCCUAGAACUGUGAAGAGAGGGGUCGAGAACAUCUCCGUUGACAUCCCUCCUGGCGAGCCGCUGCAAAUAGAUCAUCUGGUUUUCGUAGUUCAUGGAAUUGGACCAGCUUGCGACCUUCGGUUCCGAAGCAUCGUGCAGUGUGUUAAUGAUUUUCGUGGCGUUUCCUUGAGUAUGAUACAGGCGCACUUCAAGAAAGCCCAAGAAUUGCAACAGAUUGGGCGGGUAGAGUUUCUUCCUGUGAACUGGCAUAGCCCUUUGCAUUCCACUGGCGUGGAUAUAGAUCUCCAGCGAAUCACCCUGCCCAGCAUCAAUCGCCUCCGGCAUUUUACUAAUGACACCAUCCUGGAUGUCUUCUUCUAUAAUAGCCCCACUUACUGUCAGACCAUUGUGGACACCGUUGCUUCGGAAAUGAACAGGAUAUACACGCUCUUCCUGCAGAGGAACCCUGGUUUCAAAGGGGGUGUAUCCAUUGCUGGUCAUAGUCUAGGGUCUCUUAUAUUGUUCGAUCUCCUAACGAACCAGAAGGAUCCUCCGGUGUCUAACGACAGCAGUAAGGGUUCUCUCAAUGUUAUUUUGGAUCAAGGAGAUGCCCUCACUCUGGAGGAAGACUUGAAGAAACUGCAGCUCUCUGAAUUCUGCAGUAUCUUUGAGAAGGAGAAAGUGGACAAGGAAGCUCUGGCUUUAUGCACGGACCAGGAUCUUCAGGAAAUGGGAAUCCCCUUAGGUCCAAGAAAGAAGAUCUUAAACUAUAUUGGGAGUAGAGGUAAUGCCCAGAGUGCUAAACUGAGCCAGCAAUCGGCUCCACGGGAAGGCCAGGUAGAUGGGGAGAGUUUACUUACACACCAAACGGAAUCACGGUCCGGAUAUAACGAGUAUCCGGAUGUUGGCAUUGGGCAGGUCUCUGUGAAAUAUCCCCGGCUUGCAUACAAACCAGACAUCUUCUUUGCCUUUGGAUCUCCUAUCGGCAUGUUCCUUACUGUCCGAGGGCUGAAAAGGAUUGAUCCCACGUACAGGCUCCCAACUUGUAAAGGUUUCUUCAAUAUUUAUCAUCCCUUUGACCCUGUGGCAUAUAGGAUUGAGCCCAUGGUGGUCCCAGGGGUGGAAUUUGAGCCUAUGUUGAUCCCCCAUCAUAAAGGCAGGAAACGGAUGCAUUUAGAGUUGAGAGAAGGCCUGUCUCGGAUGAGCAUGGAUCUCAAGAACAACCUGCUGGGCUCUUUGCGGAUGGCCUGGAAGUCUUUCACCAGAGCCCCCUACCCAGCCCUGCCAGGCCCAGAAGCUGCCACCACGGAGGAAGCGGACUCGGAGCCCCCAGCAAGCCCGGAGAAGUCUAGCGACGUUAAAGCAGAGGAGCCCUCCUUGGAGGUGAAGGAAGAAGUUGCACCUAUCAACGUGGGCAUGCUGAAUGGGGGCCGGCGCAUUGACUACGUCCUGCAGGAAAAACCCAUCGAAAGUUUUAAUGAAUAUUUAUUUGCAUUACAGAGCCAUCUCUGCUACUGGGAGUCUGAAGAUACAGUGCUGCUGGUUCUCAAAGAAAUCUACCAAACCCAAGGAAUCGCCCUCGAUCAGCCGUCUCAGUGAAAAAGACUGACCCUUCGACCCAUGUGGCUGCAUAAAGUGUACCCUCCCCGCCCCCACCCAAGAAUCUUUCCGUGGAAAAUCCCUUGCUGCUGCUGCUGCUUUCUCCUCACCUGUGUUCGUCCCACACGUUGCCUGCCAUCUCCUCUCCACCAGGGACUUUCCAAGACACAUUUCCUCUCUGGUCAAAGGAGUGUGCUUUGGAGGGAGCAGAGGGGAGAUUCACCGUUUUCCCCCCCAACCAGUGCAAGCAUCUCUGAUUACCACUGACCAAGGCGUCUUUCUGGUGGAAUCUAGAUCAAUUCUAAAAUCACUCUUUCCUCCCACUUUAUCACCAGUGUACUGGUUGUCUACCGGUAAAAGCCCGUCCUAGGUUUUAUCGGUAUUGAGUGGGAUCUAAUUUUUCCUUUGAAAGGAGCCUGUGACUCAUGAUUUAGGUGCAAUAAGAACCUGUGGUCUAGCAAAUCCAAGAGGAGGAUGCGCUAGGGAAUACAAAAUGGCCUUUGUCCUUGAGUUACUGUGCACAGGGGACUUGAGGGUUCGGUUGAGCCGGCGGUCUUUCGGCAAGCGGUUAUUCAUCAAAUUUUGGUGUGCACAGUGGACUUGAGAAUCUUCACUGUAGCUUAAAGAUUAGAGUCUCGAUUCCUUUCAGGUGGGAGCGGCCGUUAGUGUUAGGAACCACCACCGUGAUUGAACUUUGCCUUGCAUAGCAUCUCCUAUUGUAGGGUUCUUCGAUUAGAGACCUGGAGAGGAAAGGGCCAGUGAUGGACAGAAUAUUACUAGACGCAUUCAGGAAAAGGUGCCAAGGGUUCUCUGGCCUGACCCAUCCCACUGCCCCUUCUACUCAGCUCUAGACGAUUGCUUUGGCGCGAUAGUUUCCUGUAAUGUUCCCCCCACACCUUUGAAUUGGGUCACGUUGCAAAAACUGACUUCCUGUUUUCCAGAAGAUAUGCAUGCUCCCGUUGGACUGUGUCUUGUUUAUCAGGCUAAUACCCUAACAACCUCACUAGGCGAGCCGUGAGGAUCAAACAAAACUUUUCUCUCUGCCAAACCCCUUCGAGUCAUGCUGUUGUGAUACCGAUUGCCAGAUCCAACCACUUGGUUACCUUGUUUUAUUUAUAAACAGUGUUGCCUUCCCUCCUCCCGGCUUGCCCCGCAAGUGUCGUCAGGAAAGGUUCCGGGCUGAGCUUGUUGACUAGGCAACAGUUUUGCUUCUAAGGGCCAAGCGCUUAACCACCGCAGAACCACAGCGCUGGUUGAGCUUGAUGUAACCAGGAACACAGGAAAGAGGAGAUUACGACCCUGUUGGAAAGGACCACAGCAAAGCCCACUGAUAGAAAAGGGAGGAGAGGACUCCCUGGCUGUUCAGCUGGGGGAUGAAAAGGGUUAUAAUAAUGGCUGCGGCUCACUGGUCCUCUUUGGGCGUCCGCCUAGGAUUCUUCUGCCUUUUGUCUCUGGUAGGGCCUAGUGAGUAAACAGAAAUAGAGGUGGGCUUUAAAAAGUAAUACAUUUCAAUUGCCUUACCACCCUAAGCCACAGCUUGGUACUUUUUCAUCUGGGUCACUGCAAGGGCAGAAGCACAAGAGCGGGUUAUAGCCUGUGUCCUGACACGUCGUGAAUGAACAAAGAGAGCCGAGCACAAUGGGGCGGAGCGGAGCCUGCCUAACUAAUGCGACCGAGGGAGUCAGAAGAUUGCAGCCACCGGCUUCUGUUUUAGAUGACGUAAUGCGCGAUUUCAGUUUGAAAAGGGCAGGGGUGGAGGUCCGAAGAAGCACCGAGUUACAGAACGAGCUUAGAGGAGCUACAGCGUGAGGAGGUAACGGUUUAAGAGCCGAACCAAAUGGGAGGCGAUACGAAACCUCUGUAACCAAAGAUGGAUAGGAGCGAUAUGUCUGUGUCUGUAGCAGAAGGAGAGGGGGACGUGUGAAACAGUUUUAGCCAGUGUCCUACUCCUUGUGAUGUAUAAGCUGUAACAUGCAUUUAUCUGUACAAUGUACUAAGCCUUCCAUUUCCAGCCCACUCUAUUUUCCUCAAUUGUAUAUUAUUUGCACUAUUUAAAAUGCAUCACAUGCACUCUCUCGA